CGUCUUCUCUUUCUUUCUUUCUUAAAAGGCCAUGAGUCUGCCCGCUCGUUUCUUUGGGAUUUGAGGCCAUCCACGCUCGCUCACUUGUGCGUGAGUGUCGACAGAGAGAGAGAGAGAGAGAGAGAGAGAGUCUCGCUGCAACACUAAUUGAGCUGCUCCAUUCGUCUUCAUUGUCUACAUAUUCUGUCUAUUGCCAUUGAGCUUCGAGUCUUUCGCAAUCACACAAGAAAGUGACUGGCUUCAAUCAAUCCCACCAUGAAGUCAACAGCUGCCUUGGUGGGCCUCCUCGGCCUGGCUGGCUCAGCCCUGGCUGACCCUACAUGGCCCAACGCAAUCGACGAGAUUGAGGAGAUCAUGACCCAGCUUCAGUCGUUCCGCGCCCGCAAAUUCGCCGAUACCGUGAGCCCAUGCUCCAACGAAGCCUCGGGCCCUGGCCGGCAGAACGCCGCUGAGUGGCUCCGAGUCGGCUUCCACGACAUGUCCACGGCCAACACCCAUUUCGGCAUUGGUGGUCUGGAUGCCUCGCUCCAGUACGAGCUGGACGACGGUGAAAACACCGGGCCUGGCCACAAGACGACCCUCGAGUUCAUGGCCCCCUAUGUCUCUCCCCGGUCAAGCUUGGCUGAUCUCAUCGCCCUGGGCGUCUACACAUCUGUUCGCUCUUGCGGCGGCCCUGCAGUGCCCAUCCGUGUCGGCCGUAUCGAUGCCACCGGCAAGGGACCUACGGGCGUUCCCCAGCCCCAAAACUCGGUUUUCACCUUCCAGCAGCAGUUUGAGCGCAUGGGUUUCAAUGUUGCAGAAAUGAUCCAAGUCACCGCCUGUGGUCACACUCUUGGCGGCGUCCACAACACCGAGUUCCCUGAUAUUGUUCCCACAGGAACUGGACUCAACGGCGAGGCGGGUCUCGACAGCACCGAUGCCGCCUUCGACAACAAGGUCGUAACCGAGUAUCUCUCCGGAGAGACCGCGAAUCCCCUUGUUGUCGGUCCAUCUGUCAAGAUUGACAAGAACUCCGAUUUCAAGGUCUUCAAUUCCGAUGGCAACGCAACCAUGGAGGCUUUGGCCGAUGCCGAUACUUUUGCCUCCACUUGCAAGACUGUCCUGCAAAAGAUGAUUGAGGUCGUCCCUCCAGGCGUCACCUUCUCCGACCCCAUUGUCCCUUACAAGGUCAAGCCUGUAGGCUUGCAGCUGACUCUUAUCAACGGCGGCACCACCCUCCAGCUCACUGGCUUUAUCCGCGUCAAGACCACCGGGCUCCCCGAUAACAGCAUAUCUAGCGUGUCCAUCACUUACAAGAACCGCAAGGGUACCACUGAUUGCGGCCUCAGCUCUUGCGUUGUCACCAGCCAGGUCCAGGGCACCAGCCAUGGCUUUGAUGAUACCUUUAACUUCUACCCCAUCUCGACCAACAUCCUUGCUACUUCGGGUAUCUCGUCCUUCACCGUCACUGUCAACAACGCCGACGGCACCAAGGACAUCUACGACAACAACGGGAAAGAGUAUCCUGUCCAGGAUGCCAUUGUCUUCCAGGCUCCCCAGAGCUGUGUACUCGGAUCCUCGGGUGCUCUGACUGCCGUGGCUGCCGUCCGCAACGACCGCCUCAGCCAGGGUGCGCAGGCUAAAAUCUGGUUCAAGACUCCCCAGACAACCAGCCCCGUUCCUCUCCUGCAGAGUACCACCGUCGACCUCCAGAAGGGCCAGUGUGUCGGAUCGUACACUCUGUUCAAUAUUGACUACACCAUCCAGGGUGGUCUGGCUUACCAGGGAUACGUUGAUGUUAUCAACGGCGACCAGUCUGAUAGCUUCAAGGCCCUCACCAGCAUCGGCGGUACUUGCCGUGCAUUUGCCAGCCCGGCUGCCUGCAACGGUGGAGAUGAGGGAUCCGGUGGCACAACGGGCAUCCCAACUGUCCCAUCCACUACCAAUGCCGUCCCUACAACCGACCCUGCUACCAGCGAGCCUGUCACUACUCAGCCACCCACAACGACAGUGCCUCCCACGACUACUGCAAUUCCCACCCCCACCCACAAACCAUCAGUUGACGGUUAUGUCCUUGUUUCUUGCUGGACCGAGGGCGAUGGUGUGCGUGCACUUUCCGGCAGCGCCUACGCCAAUGACUCGAUGACUUUGGAAACCUGCAGAGACUUUUGCAGCAGCUACGUCUACUGGGGUACCGAAUAUGGCCGCGAAUGUUAUUGUGGUAACACACUUGCCAAGAGCAGCGAGGCAGCUCCCAUUGAUCAAUGCAACAUGGUCUGUGGUGGUAACGGUGCUGAAUUCUGUGGUGCUGGCAACCGUCUUGAGCUGUACUCAACCACAGUCACCCAGCCUCCCUCUCCUACCGGCACCCUGAUUCACGAGCCUACUGUUGGUGCAUACACCUUGGUGGGCUGCUGGACGGAGGGCCAAGGCGAUCGCGCUCUAGGCCAGGCGGCUACGCAGGCAGCUGACAUGACCAACGAGGCUUGUGCCGCGUUCUGUUCCAACUACAGGUACUUUGGUACUGAGUAUGGCGAUGAGUGCUACUGCGGUAGCUUCCUUUCCACCAGCAGCGCAACUGCUCCUCUUGCCGACUGCAAUAUGCCCUGCGGUGGUGACCAGUUUGAGUACUGCGGAGCCAGCAACCGCCUUGAACUUUACAUCAACCCCAACAUUACUGGUGGAGAGCCUGAGCAGCCUGCUGCUGCUGGCGACUUUGUGUUUAUCGGCUGCCAGACAGAGGGCAACAACACCCGUGCCCUGACAGGCGCUGCUACUGCAACAGGUACCAUGUCGAAUGAGGCCUGUGCCACCUUCUGUGACGGCUUCGCAUACUUUGGUACUGAGUACGGCAGCGAAUGCUACUGUGGCGACACUCUGGCGCCGUCAUCUCUGAAGGCUCCGGCGUCUGACUGCAACAUGCUUUGCAGCGGCAACGAUCUUGAGUUCUGUGGUGCCGGCAACCGCCUGUCACUGUAUAACAAGAAGCCUGCUGAGCUCACUUAGACGGGCAUGAGAUAUGAAUGUGAAUGUAAGGGCCUUUUCUGUUCUCUUGAUAGAACUAGUUGGCGGGUAAAGGGAUAGGGAUAUAUAUGUUGGCUAUAUUACCACGGCGUGAAGGGAUUUAUGUCUAUGACCAAUUGGAUUCAAUGGCGGAUAUGUAGGGUUAGGAUCGAUGCAAGCGUUGAAUUAAAUGCUGGCACGACGGUAUUAAUGAAACGAUUAUAAAUACUUGAACUUG